GCGGAUGGAAGCAGUUAACUGUGCAUCCACUGUGGCAGAAGAAGAAAGUUUCAAAGAAAAAUGCAUGGAGGGGAUGGGGGAGAGGCAAAACGUCCUCGGGGCUCUAGGAUUUUGGCUACCAAGUCCGUCGAGGUGUCCGACUCGGAUGAGACGAAGGACCAGGCAUCGAAAUUAUGUGGUUAUCUGAACAAACUUGCAAGCAAGGGUCCGCUUAAGGGGUUCAAAACCCGCUGGUUCGUUUACGAUCCCCGAAAAUGUUAUUUGUAUUACUUCAAGUCUCCCCAGGACUCGCUGCCGUUGGGAUAUAUUGAAAUAGCCGAUGCCUGUUUCAGCUAUGAUGUCGAGGGGGAAGAGGGGCAGUUCGAGAUCCACGCUUCUGGAAAAGACUUUCUGCUCAAGGCACCGAACAGGCAGGUGAUGCAGUAUUGGCUGCAGCAGCUGCAACAGAAGCGAUGGGAGUUCUGUAACCUGCGAGGAUCCGGACUGCAGGACAGCUGGAGCUCCCCCACCCAGUCCCAGCCACACACCGGCCUGGUGGCCAGAGACGCAGAUGCCUAUUCGCUGGAGAAGCCGUGCAGUAGCAUGGAGAGGGUCCGCAGUGACUUUGCCAUGGAGACCAAUACAGAUGGCCUGGUGGGCCUGCACUCUGCCCGUGGCCCCGCCCCCCACAACUUUUCCCUCCGGCACUGGGGCACAGAAUUGAGGAACUCCGUGUCCCAGCUGCGGCCAGGGCGGGGCGGAGAGGGAAGGCGAAGCGUGUUCUACACACCCAGCAAUGAGGACUGGGAGAUGGUGGACCACCCGUCCAAGGACCUGCAGGACCAGAUGGCAGACAUCUCCAAAAAACCUCAUUCUGACACUCAUAGACACUCCAUUGGCUCUGCGUUCACGUUCGAUUUCGGGCGCUCCUCUUCCACCUCCUCGCGCCCCCGGCUGCCCUUCCUGAGGGACAUGAUGAGCUCCGGCAGGCUGAGCCGGAGCACGGAGACGUCGCCCGUGGAGUGUAACGGGAGCAAGGCGUCCGAGGCCCAGCUGCGGCUGCAGAGCCAGGAGGAGGCGCUGGGGAGGCUGCGGGAGGAGCUGGCCAGUCAGAAGGAGCUGGUGAGGCUCCUGCAGCAGACCCUGCGGAGCUCUCAGACUGAGAGGUGGCCAGCGGCGGGCCCCGAGGGGCCACAGAGCACGUCCCCGCUCCUCAAAGAGAGGGACGGCCAGAUCCAGGCCCUCUGCGGGCACAUGGAGAAGCUGGCGCUGGAGAAGGAAAACCUGCAGCAGGAACUGAAGACGCUGAAGAACAAGGUGGGGGAGAUGAACGAGCAGCUGAGCAUGCUCAUGGAGACCAUCCAGGCCAAGGACGAGGUCAUCAUCAAGCUGUCGCAGCAGCAGGGCGGGGCCGGGGGUGGGGCUGGGGGCAGCGAGGAGGCCAGCCCCACCGAAUGCAGCUCGCCGUCCUCUGUCGGCCGGGAGUGUCAGGAGCUGGACAAAAUGAAGGACUGUCUCGAAGGCUACAAGAACCAGAACAAGUUCCUGAAUAAAGAGAUAUUGGAGCUGACUGUCCUGCGUCGAAAUGCGGAGGGGAGAGAGAAGGCCAUGGAGGCCAAGUACACAGCUCUGGAGGCCAAGCUGUGCCAGGUGGAGAGUAAGUACCUGGUGCUACUGCAGGAGGUGAAGAACCCGGUGUGCUCUUCCUCAGAGCAGAGUCCCGCGCGCGAGGUCAUCUCCCGCCUGCUGGAGGACGCCCUGCAGGUGGAAGGCGGGGGCGACGACCAGCAGGAGCAGCAGAUCCUCAAGCCCCACCCCGUCAGCGAGUACGACGUGUACGGCUUCAAGACCGUCCCGGAGGAUGACGAGGAGGAGAGGCUGGUGGCGAAGGUGCGGGCGCUGGACCUGAAGUCCCUGUCCCUGACGGAGCAGGAGGUGUCGGUCGGGGUGAAGUGGGAGAACUACCUGGCGGGGAUGGGUACCCGGGACAUGGCGCGGUCGCCAGAGCUGAAGGCCCUGGUGCGGAGCGGCGUGCCGCACGAGCACCGCUCCAAGGUGUGGCGCUCGUGUGUGGAAUUCCACAUCAAGAAGUUCCCGGAGAGCGAAAAGGCCAACUACUAUGAGAACCUGCUGGGCGUGGCCCGGGAGAAGCAGAACCCCGCCUCCAAGCAGAUCGAGCUGGACCUGCUGCGCACGCUGCCCAACAACAAGCACUACUCCUCCCCGGAGUCCCAGGGAAUCCACAAACUGAGGAACGUGCUCAUGGCCUUUUCAUGGAGGAACCCUGACAUCGGCUACUGCCAGGGCCUCAACAGACUGGCUGCCAUUGCUCUCCUCUAUCUGGAAGAGGUAGAUGCCUUCUGGUGCCUCGUUGUCCUCGUAGAAGUGUUCAUGCCGCGAGACUACUACACCAAGACGCUGCUCGGGUCACAGGUUGAUCAGCGCGUGUUCAAGGACCUGAUGAGCGAGAAGCUCCCUCGUCUCCACAGCCAUUUUGAGCUCCACAAAGUGGACUUCUCCCUCAUCACCUUCAACUGGUUCCUGGUGGUGUUUGUGGACAGCGUGGUUAGCGACAUCCUCUUCAAAAUCUGGGACGCCUUUCUGUAUGAGGGGCCCAAGAUCAUGUUUCGCUUUGCCCUCGCUCUUUUCAAGUACAAAGAGGAGGAGUUUCUCAAGCUGCAGGACUCCAUGGCCAUUUUCAAGUACCUCCGCUAUUUCACGCACACUAUUCUGGAUGCGAGGAAGCUGAUGAACAUAGCCUUCGUGGACAUGAACCCCUUCCCCCUCAGGCAAAUCCAGAACCGUCGCACCUUCCACCUGGAGCGGGUCCGCCUGGAGCUGACCGAGCUGGAGGCCAUUCGCCAGACAUUCCUGAAGGAGCGGGCGACCGACCCUGACGGUAGGACGCUCAUCAGCGACGAUGAGGAGGACAACUAACUGAAGAUCAGCCACCUCACGGGCCAGCCAGUGGAGAGAGCGCAUUUGUCUCUGUGGGUCCAGGGCUGCAUUCCCGGGGCUGCAUUCCCAGGGUGACUCAGCAGAUUCACUACUCUGAGAGACCCUGAUAUGCUGGACAUGUCUUAAGGUGUAUUCAUGCGAGAGGUAUUUGAGCUGGAAAUGUUAUUCAUUCUUGAUCUGCAGGCAUUUGGCAGAUUGUGGUCCGGAGGCCUGCUGGUAUUACUGGUAUUUUUGACAGAUCCAUGGAUUGUGAGGGCCUGGUAUGUUUACUGGUAUUUUUAACAGUUCCAUCAUAUCCACUUUUCCUUUUGUUUUACAUUCUUAGUGCGUUCAUGGUGGGGAUUGUUAGGCUGAGAGGGCUGAAAGUAAAAUUCCAUUGCCAUGCAGCUUGUAAAUUUUACCAGUGACGUUGGCCCUUCAAGUGAUCGAAAUCAGUAUUUGUACUCACCAACUUUUUUCACUUUUUUAUUGUAAAAUAAACAGAUUCUCAUCUGAGUAAACGGAAGCAGGAACGGAUUGGUUGCAUGCUGUACACAUUAUUGCAGUGCACAAGCUUCUUUAGAUUGCAUCAACCUAUUUUCUCUUGCUGCGGCUUGUUUCCUGUGCUUUAAAUGUACUGUCGCUGCCAUGUUUGAGUAGAUGGUGUUCACCUCCUCCUUAUACCGGACAUCGUAUACGUGCUCCCCUGAAUUAUUUGUUCAUGGCUGUGGCACCUGGCUAGCUUUACAGCCAAGGUACUGUGUUUUACAGUUUCCUACAGAGAGAUGAACCGUGUGGAAGGUUAGACUCAGGCAUCAUUGUGUACUGUCAGUGUGUUGUCAGUCAUUCAUGUAGAAGGCUUCCAGGUCCAUUAGCUGCUACAGACAGCAGGUUAUUAAGGGGAUUUUUCCACCUUGCGGUUUGCUCUAGUUUAUCCGUCUGGUUGAAGGACAUUUCACAUAAGGGAAGUUUUUUUUAUUGUUUUUUUUAUAUAUAAAGUCUUAACACCUAGAACUUUUAUCCUGCUCUUUACAAUAGGCCUUUUGUUUACACUUUAUACAUUUUACAUUCCUUUUAUGGCACAUCUAAUGAAUGUUAUGAUGUCAGGCCCAUUUCUAACUUCCAAUAUCGAUCAAUCACAUUUUCACAUAAUUAUUCAUAAAUGUGUUGCUGCAAUGAAUUCUAUUGUAUUUUGUCGCUGUGGUAUUGUCAUUACAGUCCUGUAUUCUCCUCUGGUCAUAAUAGCAUAUUAUCAGAAUGAUGCUGUCUAGUCCAAAUGUAAACAAUGAAGAAUGUUAAUCAUGGAAGUACUGUGAAGUUUAUUUGGAGAGCUGGUCUCUCUGGACCUGAAUUGUUAAGUUUGUCCCUUUUUGAUAACAUGCAUCAUUGUUUUUUUCCUGCCAUCUCCUUAGCGAGAAAAAUAGUUAUUGCAAAUUGUGGCUUAUUUCCCCUUUCAGACCCAAACAAUGACAAAAUAUUAAUCAGUGUCCCUUAUCUGUAACUUUUCAUAUUUUUUUCCAUGCUGAAUUAGAAAUCUUUUUUAAUUGGCGAUACUAUAUGCUGUAAUAUUUUCAUUGUCAAUAUGUGACCAACAAUGUACAGAAAGAAUUAUAACAUAUACUCUGUUAGGGAGCCAGAAUGUUUUACUUUUCUUCCAGUUUUUUAGAUGUUGCUCUUUUUUUGUAAAUCAGCUAGAGAUUUUCUGUCACACCGUAUUAUAUUACUCUCUGUUUGAAGUACUGUGUAUUAUCUGGCAUACAAAAAAAAAUUCAAAACAAUCAAGUAUAGCCUUUUAAAAAAUAUAUACUUUUUCUGUUGUUCACUCUUGUAUGGAAUAAGCUGUAAUGGGGAAUUCCAGUUAUAUUUCCUCACCAAAUGUAUUGCACAUAACCCUGAAAGUGUUGUGCUCGAGAGAUUUAGCAUUGACAUGGAUGGGCACUGUCUUUCUGAAACUUCUGAACUGUCCUGAUCGUCAUAUAUGUUAUUCUGAAUGUUUCUGUUCCCCUGUAGUAUUGCAGUAUAUUUGCUUUAUAUUCAUGUUUUGUAUCAAAGGUAUGAGUAGUCAAUAAACCCUCCUAUAGCUGCCA